AACAUGGCGUCCUCAGAUGUCCACGUCCGAAUAUGUGAACAAGAAAUACUCAAAUAUGACUUGGAAAUCAAAGCUCUCAUCCAGGAUUUUGAGCAGAUGGCGAUGGAGCAGGACAAAGAGUCAGACAAGCAAGCUUUGAUGAGUCAGGUGGAGGGACAUAGAAAGCAGAUGCUGAGUAACCAGACAGGUUGGAGGAAAGCCAACCUGGCCAGCAAACUGUCCAUAGACAAUAUGGAGAAGCAGGCACUCCUUAAUGGAAGAGAUAGUGCUGUGAGACAGAGGAAGAUGACCAAAGAGGGGCUGGCUCAGUCAGCCAGUGACAUCACGGAGAACCUUAUGAGCAUCAGCCGGAUGAUGGCUGAGAGGAGCGUCUUAACUGUGUGCUACCAAAAUCCUGAACGUCUUCUUUGUAAAGCAACCUCCUCGAGGACAAUCCUAGAGACCAAUGAGGAAUUUAAGACCAUGACGGGGACCAUCCAGCUCGGGAGGAAACUCAUCACCAAGUACAACCGCAGAGAGCUCACCGACAAACUGCUCAUCUUCCUGGCGCUCGCCCUCUUCCUCGCCACAGUUCUCUACAUCCUUAAGAAGAGACUGUUCCCCUUCCUAUAGACCAGGUACCUUUCUGAGGAGCUCUCCCAUUACCACAUACAUUACUUUCCAUGCUCAGUGCAAAUGAUUUAAACAACCCCAACUGCCUGCGUUUCAUAUUACACACACAUCACAGACGAGUGUCUGCGCGGUGGAAUGUGGACCGCUCACUCUGCGGAACUGUGACACUGCUGAGGGUGAAAUAUUGUCCACAAAAAGUGAAGAUAAACCUACAUGGCUGUAAUGGCCAUGCAGUGUUUUAUUUACUGAGAAGGGUUUUGUUCAUCAAUGGGAGUAUUUUAUUCUUCUGGAAAAGAAGACGUACGUGUUGGUGGCAUGAAAUGUGUUAGACGGCCAUCUUUGAUUAGUGUGAGAGUCCAUUGCUUUUAAUGAGAGGAGAUAGACGAUCCACAUGAAUCUUUUCUUUCAUACAUUCCAGUACGGUUUCUGUUUUCAUACAUAUAUAGUUCACAUAUAAAAUACGCACAGUACAUAUAUUCAUAAAGAUACUUUCCGUACUUUCUGUACAGAAAUUAUUCUCACUCCUAUAAUGCUCUCUCAGUUUACUUCAGAUGUUGCCAUGACUACAGGUAAUGUGCUGACGGCAGUGAAACUCAUCUUUAUGUGUGACACAUAAUGGGAUAGAUUAGAAAAUGUCUGAAAAAAUAAUGUGAACACAAUUUCAGUACAAUUUAAUAAUUGCAAAAUAAGUGCCACUAUUAAUUUCAAUUAAACAAGCUCUUAUUGCUGUGUCUGUCAUUAAAACAAUGACCGUACUAUUAAUUACUGUUCAUCAAUAGUAGUAUUACAUGUCACAAUAUAAAGGAUGUAUGUGGUGGGAAAAUUUUUAGGACUUAAGACAGAAACAGUUCUUCACUAACUGAUGUUUUAACCAAACAAUUUCCCAUCACCUGAUAUCAUAUAGUCACUGUGCAAAUCAUGCAACGAUUAUGAUACAAGCAUUUUGUUUAAUUGUUAUUUAUGAGGAUAUACUGUAUAAUCACUGUGAGGUAUAAAUUAUUACAUUAUAAUGCUAUUAUUUAAAAAUACAAUACUGAAAUGGCUUUAAACCUUGAUAUAAGUCCGACUGCAGUCACUCAGUUUGCGUUUCACCAGCUGGAUAAGCAGAACAGUGCUUGUGCCUGUAUAUAUGCACUUCAGUUUGUCCCUAUGUUUUAUUCAGUUAGCGAGCAAACCAAAAAAAAAAUUCAAAGAAAGAGUGCGCACACUUCCCUCCAUCUCGGCCCGUGUUAGCUUGGCUCUGGUCUGCAGCGGAGCAGAAAAGCUCAGAAAAGCAGUGGCAGUGAUCACACUGGCAGAGAUAGAGCAGCAUGCAUCCCUGCCUUUCUUCAGAUAAGACCCGGAAAAGCAGAUUAUUCCGACCCGUUUCCCCUCUCCCUUUCCAGCGUGGGUGGAGGGCGAGGGGGGAUAUUUUUAGGCUUGCACGGCGCCGUUAUCUGACGUUGCCUUUUCAACACCUCGGAGGAGAGGGUGGCCAGAGGAGCUACAUGACCUUGCUACCCUGUCUGCAAUUGCCUGGCAUUGCCACUGUUUAAUACAUGUUAAUAUUGUCAGUAUUGACUAUCAAUAAACACAAAGUCCUCUGGCUUGAUGUUUGACGUGUUUCUCAAAUGUGUGUUUGUGACGGUGUGUUGUUUAAAAUGAGAUGGGAGCCAACAGAGCAUGUGUGGAGAGACCUGAGAGAUGCAUAAGCGUCUCUUACUUGUGUAAAGUGGUGGCAGUUGGGCAGAGCCCGUUCCCAUAUAACUACACACUUAGACAAGGCCUCUGCCUCUCUGUCAAGCAAAUUGGACUAUUCUUGCAUUUAGCACCGUGAUAGUGUCCAUCAAGUGUUUGGGUUUGUAUCUGGACAUGUGGAGCGGGGUCUCAGGGGAGCGUACAUGGCAUCACACUCAUGGUGUAAACACAGGAACCAGACAGAACAUCCGCAACUCUGCAUUCAUACCGUCAUUUCUACAGAUUUGUCCAGUUAUUGGUUUGUCAUUGUGUA